AUGCCGUAUUACUAUGACCUAAGGAUUUUCAAGUGGUUCUCUGGUGGAUCCAGGGCUAGGAAACCGGAAGACCACAAGUCAGAUCCAUCAUCAGUAUACAGAUUUGAGUCUCUGAUGUGUAUGGAUAGAAGUCAUAUUCAAGAUGAAACAUUACGUAAUGCCUCAUGGUAUCAGGCUGGGUUACCUCGGGACAUUGCUCUGGAAAUCCUGCAGCAGGAGGAAGUUGGAUCUUUCAUCGUGCGAGACAGCUCCUCACAUCCCGGCUGUUAUGCCCUGUCCGUCAGAGUUCCAAAGUUUGAAAAUUCUUCUGGCAUAUCUCACUAUUUGAUCUUACGGACACACAGGGGAGUUAAAUUGAAGGGCUUGGACAAGGAAUGGUCAUCUCUGACAGCUCUAGUCACCCACCACACAGUUCUCAGAGAGUUGCUGCCCUGCACACUACGUCCCCCAAAAGUCAAAGGUCAAGAGUCAGCAUCAUCCCGAGGUCAGGGGAACAUUUGUAUCAGCAGUGAUGAUGGACAUAUUGAGGAGACAGAUGGCUACAGUGAAUCCUAG